CGGGUCCCAGAGCAAUUCCAUUUCUACGCCCGUCGACGAUGGUUUACCGAAAUCCGCACCUUUAAUCCAAUUAAACAGCGUCGAACAAAUAGCUAAAAAACAAAACAAAAAGUAUCGCGAAUAACAAUGCAUUUGCCCCAAGGAGCAUUAAGCUUUCUGUUCAUCACUUGCAUGAUGUUCGCACUGGCAGGCGGCCAUCCAUCAAGCGACAAGCUGAAGAUCCGAAUACACGUGCCAGUGAAGCACCACACACAUGUGCACACGAAGACGGUCAUUAAGAAGGUCCCGCUGCCCAUUCCGGUGCCGGUCAAGGAGCACCACCACGAGCCGAAGAAGCACCACAGCAGCCGCAGUCACCACCACCACCACCACCAUGAGGACGACCAGGACGACGAUUUCGAGGGCUACGAGUACCCCAUCAAGGCCAAGCGGCGCACGCGGCAUCCCUUUGUCUGAGCCCAAGCACAGGCCACCCACCCAACCACACAACCACCCACUCAGCGGGGGAAAAUGAAAUCAAAUGAAAUACAAUUUACGCAGAUUAAGACGAAAAUAAACCAAAAUACGAGGCAGCUUGAGUACGAUACGUAAAGGAGGACCAAGAAAAAAGAACGCAGCAUCGGCAAACACAAUCCUGGGUCUGAUUUGUCGCUGUUUUUAGUGUGUAAGGGAAAUACGUAAAAUAAAAUAAAGAACCCCUAGACCUAAGAGAAACAUUCCAGUGCAAUAAAAUAAACAAAUAUUACA